ACGGCAGCGUACGGUGAGUGUCGUAAAGGAAGAGGCGGAAUGUUUUCCCUCUGGUGAUGUUCGUGUUCAGCAGAGAGCCUUUUUCACGAUGGACCUACCGGAGGCGAUCAGAAAACGUUUGGAAGACUUUUCCCGUAAUGUGUUAUUCGACCAGAGUGGGACUCAGCCCUCCACGAAGGAGAAUGACGCGUUUCUGCCACACGACAAGCGGGUUCUGUCUAGUCUCCACCUCCAGAUGUCUCUGUACUUUAACAUGUGGUUCUUCCCCUUGUGGUGGAUCAGUGAAACUGUAAUGCUGCACCUCAAGUAUCCUGCCCUGCCAGACUACUACAAGUUCAUCCUUGUCACCGUUCUCAUCCUAAUGACUCUGAUAGAGGCCAUCAGACUCUUCCUCGGUUAUGCUGGGAACCUGCAAGAAAAGGUCCCGGAGUUGGCUGGAUUUUGGCUGCUGAGCAUCCUGCUGCAGUUUCCACUAAUCCUGUUUCAGCUCUUCAAUGAAGCCAUCCUCAUACAACCCCUGGAGAGAGGUGUUCACAUAGUUCUCGCCAUAUUCAUACUCACACAGGCCCUCUCUGGUUUUGUGGCGCUCAGGGACAUGGUCAGACACACAGGGAGACAAUUUCAUCUCCGACAGUUUGACUGAAUUCUGAAGCUCUGACAGCCCUUCCACACCUCAACACAGCGAUCCUACUCAAAGGCUGACGACAAAAAAUGAUUUGUAAAUUUUUGUAUUACAUAAAGUACAUUUUAUAUUUCCUCCGCAUGAUUGAGUAUUAAAGAAAUAAAGGUG